AUGCUGCUGCUGCUACCAGCCGAGCCCGAAGCCCUAGCCUCCAGCUCUAGCCCCAGCAACGCGGCUUCACCAUCCCCAUCGCCCUUGCGGGGAACUGAGCUGGCGGGGGAUGAACUCGAACUGGAUUCGAUCUGGAUUCGGAGUGUCGGGAACAAAGCGAGCGGCAGAAACCCCGGCCCUAACCCUGGCCCCGGUCUUGGACUCCGAGCUCCGAGUGACAGACCCCGCCUUGGGCAGGGUAGGGAACCCCUCUGCCAUCCGGGUGGAACUAAUGCUGUUUGGGGCAUAGAGGUUGUGGGUUUUGAACUUGAGGAUUUGAGGGGCUAA